AUGGCGACCGUUCCGCCCAAGCAUCAAGAGUCGAAGUUUCCGCCGCCCGAAAUCUUGCCCUUCAAUGAGCGCCAGCAGCCCACAAUCCGACUCUACCCUCUAAGCAACUACACAUUCGGAACGAAAGAGACGCAGCCCGAGGAGGAUCCUUCAGUGAAAGACCGACUGCGGAGAUUAGAAGAGCAUUACGACAAGCAUGGUAUGAGGAGGACGUGCGAGGGUAUACUCGUUUGUCACGAACACAACCAUCCACACAUCUUGAUGCUGCAAAUUGCAAAUGCCUUCUUCAAGCUUCCCGGUGACUACCUACCACACGAUGUCGACGAGAUCGAAGGAUUCAAGACGCGAUUGAACGAGCGACUGGCGCCCACGGGCUCGCUUAGCACAGUGGAGGCGGCCGACUCCGACUGGGACGUCGCCGAUACACUGGCUCAAUGGUAUCGACCGAAUUUCGAAACCUUCAUGUAUCCAUUUCUGCCACCUCACGUAACCCGACCAAAAGAGUGCAAGAAGCUGUACUUCAUCCAGCUGCCAAGAGCAAAGGUCCUGAGCGUGCCAAAGAACAUGAAGCUUCUGGCGGUGCCGCUCUUUGAGCUUUAUGACAACACUCAGCGAUAUGGACCUCAGCUCAGUGCGAUUCCGCACUAUCUCAGCCGGUAUCGAUGGGAGUUUGUGGACGAGGAAGGAGAGGUGGUUUCGUACACUCCGGGAGGGCCAAUCGAUGAGAGAGUAAAGACGAAGAUUCUGGCAGGUGGAUCUGAGGAGAACGGAGUGAAUGGCGACGCGAAGCCUCAGAUCGAUGGUGAUGCUAUGGAACAGUCAUGA